AAAAAAUUAUUUUUUAAUCACAUGUGUAUUAGUGAUUUUAAGAAAAUGUAAAGGUGUCCUUAGUACAUGAUUUAAUUUCUAUCUCAUAAGUCAAUAUAUUUGUUAAAACUUUUCUGAAAAUGGUGCCACUUGGACCAUCACCAGGGCAUCAAACAUCUGUUAAUAACACUGCAACUGCUCCAACCACUGGUACUAAAAGCAGUUCAACAUUAAAACCAAAUUAUACAUUAAAGUAUACCUUAGCAGGACAUACUAAAGCAGUUUCUUCCGUAAAGUUCAGUCCCAAUGGAGAAUGGCUUGCUAGUUCUUCUGCAGAUAAAUUAAUUAAAAUAUGGGGAUCCUAUGAUGGGAAAUUUGAGAAAACUAUAUCUGGUCAUAAGCUUGGUAUUUCAGAUGUUGCAUGGUCUAGUGAUAGUAGAUUGUUAGUAUCUGCUUCUGAUGAUAAAACUUUAAAAAUAUGGGAAUUAAGUUCUGGAAAAUGUUUAAAAACUUUAAAAGGUCAUAGUAAUUAUGUCUUUUGUUGCAAUUUUAAUCCACAGUCAAAUCUAAUAGUUUCUGGUUCUUUUGAUGAAAGUGUUCGAAUAUGGGAUGUUAGAACUGGAAAAUGUCUAAAAACAUUACCUGCUCAUUCAGAUCCUGUAAGUGCAGUUCAUUUUAAUAGGGAUGGAUCAUUAAUUGUAUCUAGUAGUUAUGAUGGAUUAUGUCGAAUUUGGGAUACAGCAUCUGGCCAAUGCUUAAAGACUUUAAUUGAUGAUGAUAAUCCUCCUGUAUCUUUUGUAAAAUUUUCACCAAAUGGAAAAUACAUUUUAGCAGCAACAUUGGACAAUACAUUAAAGCUUUGGGAUUAUAGCAAAGGAAAAUGUUUGAAAACAUAUACAGGUCAUAAAAAUGAAAAAUAUUGUAUUUUUGCAAAUUUCUCAGUUACAGGAGGAAAGUGGAUUGUUUCGGGUUCAGAAGACAAUAUGGUGUAUAUUUGGAAUUUGCAGACCAAGGAAAUUGUUCAAAAACUGCAAGGUCAUACAGAUGUGGUAUUAUGUACGACGUGUCAUCCGACCGAUAACAUUAUAGCUUCAGCCGCCCUUGAAAAUGAUAAAACUAUCAAAUUAUGGAAAAGUGAUACAUAGAAUAUAUAUUAUGUUAUUCAUGAUGUCAUUAAAAAUCCUACAAAAAACUUGUAUCUGUUAGAAACGUCCUAUUCGCUCUCUUUUUAUUUUUAAAAUUUUUAUAUUUGAUCAUGUUUCGAUAUUAAUUUCAUCAAUUUUAAUAUCCUGAAAUUUAUUAUUUUAACAUAUAACUCAUAAUUUUGGGUAAU